AUGUUCCAGGUUUUGCCCCAGUUUAAUGAGCUGCUGCAGCGACAGACUCACUUGGAGGCUGAGCAGCUGAUAAAUUUCCCCAAAGCAGAAGGCGUCAAGAGCUGCAAACAGCCCCGAACACAAUUGGAGUUGCAGCUGGCAAGGGAUCUGAAGGGAGGCCUUCUUGCUCUGCCAAAGGACUGCAUAGCAGCUGAGGAGGUUUGCCUGUCAGACCCUGUUUGCAGUGCCACCUAUCAGGCCCUGGAAAACUGCUCCUUUGAUAAGACAUCUUUCCUCCCUCUGAAGCCUCACACCAGAGCAAGGUGCCUGGAUGCAGAGCUAGACCUCAGAAGUAGCUCUUUACUGCACUGCAAGUGUCGCCGACGCAUGAGGAGACAGAAGCACUGCCUGCACAUCUACUGGACUGUUCACUCUGGCUUCACACAGGGUUAUUUCAAUUUGGAGUCUUCUCCUUAUGAGGAUCCAGCAAAAGAAGAACCCUGGAAGAUUGACUACAACAAGCUGGAAGCUUUGGUUUCAGGUUCUCAUUUAGCAAGGAGCAGUGAAAAUCCCUGCCUGAAAGCAACUCACGUCUGCAGUCUGAAUAGCAAAUGUGCCCGUCUGCGCACAGACUAUGCCUCCAACUGCACGAAGGGGGCAGAGUCUGGAGGCACCUGUGACCAACGUAAAUGCCGCCAAACACUACGACAUUUCUUUAAGAAGGUCCCUGAGAGUUUCACCAAGAGGCUCCUGUUCUGUCCAUGUCAAGAUGAGUUCUGUGGAGAGCGCCGCCGGAAAACCAUUGUCCCUGAGUGCUCCUUCCAGAACAGCAUCAAACCCAACUGCCUCCUCCUCUUGGACUCCUGUCGCAAAGACCCUAUCUGCAGAUCCCAACUGGCUGAUUUCCAACAGAACUGUCAGCCUGCAGCCAUGUCCCCAGAUGGCUGUGCUCAGCACAACCAUGCUGCAUGCCUGCAAGCUUACAUGGGGAUGAUUGGUACAGCCAUGACACCAAACUAUGUUGGGAACUCCAGCACGGAGGUUUCGCUGUGGUGCACCUGUGAGAACAGUGGCAACCAGCGGGAGGAGUGUGACCAGAUACACAGCAUGUUCAUCAGCAAUCAAUGUCUCAAAAACUCAGUUCAGUCUCAGAUGAAUCUAAGCCAAGCAGUUCCGGAGGGGCAGGAAGAAAUAUCUUAUACGCCCUCCCUGAGCUUCCAGGGGAACAGCACCAACAUGUCUCCUGCUUCAAAAAUGUUCCAGAUCGUGGAGACAAAGAUAUGGCCAGACACCUCAGAACACAACAGCAUGCCCAUGACCUCCUCUGUGUAUUCUGGAGCUGGGGUUUCCUGGCCCCCAAUGGCCCUGCUGCUGCUGCUACUCCUGCUCAGCCCACCUUAACUUGACACAACUGGCAUUUGUCUCCCGCAUAAUUCUCCUUACUCUGCACCCAGACGCUGUUCUACUAUCUCACCCUUGGGACCUGCAGAGAAGAGGAACCAAACAGUCUCCCCCAGAACAGGAAGGCCUGCGUUCUUCUCCUAGGAGAGAGUCAUUUCAUUAGCACUGCAGGGGCUAACACUAGCCCCUCCCCGCAUGCCUCCCACCGCAAGAGGAAAAGCAGCCAGCUGGGAGACUUGAGGGCACUAAUGUGUUUGUGUUUGUGUGUGUGUGUGUGUGUGUGUGUGUAUUUGUUUUUAAAACAAAGAUAGUUACAAUUCUGUGCAAACAGCACUUAACUUUUGAAUGAAGGAGGAGAGGUGCCCACAGGUACCUGCAGCAUAGCUCCAGCUGGCCGAUUGGUGCUCUUCCUCUAGAGCAGGAAGAAGCAAACUGGUGCUCCAGCAGUAGACACCUAAUUCUAUGGUGUCCUAAGAGCAGAGUAGGGCAAAUCCACGUGCAAACGCCUCUGUAAAUACAGGCUUGGGAUUCUGUUCAGGACCCUUUUAAUCAUUUUCAAAUCCAUUAAUUUAAGCCUAUAAAGAAAACCAUCCUGAGCCUAAGCAAGGACGCUGGCCUCUGCUCUUGUUUCUUGUCUCUUUCAGCCAGCCAUAUGGUCCACUCUCCAUGCUAGCAAGAGAUUUAGUCUUGGAGUUCAGCGCCAUUUCUUCACUCAGCCUCAUUAAACCUUGUCCAGCAUAUUGGGACACAGCCUGGCGAGACCAUGCUUUUCUAGGACUUCAAGGAGAAUGCAUGCAGGCCAUUCAGUUGUAGCCACUCCAGCUCUCUAGGGAUAACGUGUGCUGAUCUGCAGAGCAGACCUCAGGUGGUCUACAGUGACCUUGCAUCCCUUCACAUACCCCUUUACUCCUUUCAGUCUCCCUCCUCUUUGUCAGGUUCAGUUUUAUGACCUCUUGAUCCUGGGUGUAAACGGUGUUGUGUAACUGCUAUUCUGUUGUGCUGUGAUUGCCUGUAAACAGGUGGUGUUAAAAGUGAAUAUUGACUUCUGAGUGCAGGUUAAUAGUCCACAAUCAAUUGUAGGAAAGAGCUGCCUUAUCAGGGAAGCUUAUGUUUUCAGGAGAGCAGGCAGGCAGCUGGGAGCAGCUCCUCUGCACACAGGUGGUGUGUGGCUUUGGAAGAUACAAUGUAGCUGGGCAAAUGUAGCUCCUGGAAUGUCUGUGCAGUAGUCAGCUCUUUCUGCUGAUCCCUGUGUUCCAUUCCUUCCUGUCCCUCGGGAAGGAUUCCUGAAUACCACAGUAUCCCUCAUCUCUGUGGAUGCACAAAUUGCGUCUCACCCCUGCACCUCUGAGCUGCCUUCACGUUGAAUCCUAAUCUUCUCUAUGCACUACUCACUGAGGCAUCACUUUCUCCCUGCUGCUGCAAGAAGCAGGGACACCACCUUGCCCAGCAGAGGGGCUGCACCUAAUUUCCACAGGUCACAGUCACAGUCACUGCCACCAUUAGCAGAGAGGGCUGAUCUACAGAUGACAAGAUGUCCCCUUGCACUGGCAUCUGGCUGCUUGGAUUACGAGGGAGCAUGGCCAUUAUGUGCUUCCUGCACCUCCAUAAUCAAGCUGAGGAAGACCAUAUUAUAGGCCUUCCUGGGCUCCCUUUGCUGUGCACUAGUCAGACACUGAUAUGCAGGGGCUGGCAGUUCCCCAAACAUCCUUACUACAAUAUAGCAGGAAUUGCCAUUUCCAGAGAUAGGUGGUGGGAGGAGAAGAGGUUGCCUUCCCAGUGUCCCACAGGUGCAUGGAGUCCAGAGGAAGGAUGGGAUGGCAAGCCCCUGUGCAAUGUUCCCAGAGUACUCCUAUCAUUUUUCCAGCCACAACAUGAUGUGCUCCCUACGGUAGUCAGCCUCCUCUCUCCUCAGUAUUGUGGGCAGGACCCUCAGCGAUAUGUAAGUACCUAAAUCAGUGGGAGUUAGGUAAUAAAUCACCCUGCAGAUCUAGCCAACUAAUUCUCAGACUGUGGGCUGGGACCCCACAGAUCCUGUUUUCAUGGGUUUGUCAGGGCUGGUGUUAGUCUUGCAUUGGUCUAGGCUUCAGCCCUAGGAGGUGGGGCUCAUGUUACAGGUCUCUGCCUUUGGUUAAGCCCUGGGCUUUGGCUUUGCCUCCUGCCCACCAGGGCCGUGGGGCUCUGGUUUCAGCCUGUGGCGGUAGGGCUCAAGUUUCAGUACCACUCCUGGCAUUGUGCAGUAAUAUUUGUUUGUUGUGAGAAGGGGGUCACAGUGCACUGAAGCCUGAAAAGACCGGAUCUAGACCUACAUGCUUUCCCAAUUCAACCUCCCUCCUCUGCCCACAGACAUUGUGCUCUCAAAGGCAGGUGAUUUGUUUGAUCUGGGGCACCUUAGAGCCAACCUAAGGUUGUGGAAUCUCCAUCACUGGAGAUAUUUAAGAGCAGAUUAAAUAGGCAUCUAUUAGGGAUGGUCUAGAUGGUGCUUGGUCCUGCCAUGAGGGCAGGAGACUGACCUUGAUAACCUCUUGAAGUCCCUUCCAGUUCUAGUGUUCUAUAAACACAGUUGUAAUUUUAUUACAUCCAAUUUGUCACUGAGACUCCAGCCUUCCAUCUCCAGUGUCUGACUCGCUGACUGAGACUGCAACUUCAUGUCCUGAACAUCGAAGGCCAAUGCUGAGCUCACACUGAGACAGGUCCUUUGAAGUUAAAUAAAUCCUGCUUCAAUCAGAAAUAUAGAGAAAUCCCAACUGGAGUUUUUUGCUUCAAUCUUCCCUCUCCUUGUAUUUACUUUCAUACACACCCCUGCCUCUCACACACUCUUCACCUGCUUGUAAGCACACAACCCUACUUCUCUACACACCUGUAGACUCACAUCCACUCGUAUACAGAGCUAUUUGCAUAACUGCUCCUGCCUACAAUCCCAUUCUUGCUUCCACAACUACAUGCCUCUCCUCAUAAGACACACACCUGUGCAGUGACACACAGGCAGCUGUUGCGUACUGCCACACACAGUGAUGGAAACCAUCCAAGUUUGGAUCCCGAAUAAUUUUAAACUGUUAUUUGAAGGAAGACUCCAAAGUAAGAAGAAAAGGGACUUAUGUAUUAUUUGUAUUCCAGUAACAUCUGAGGACCCUAUUGUGCUAGGGCUCAAAAGAUUAUCUGCUUUAGGUUUCCUAACAUUGCGAACAAUAGUGAUGCUGAACUGCUCUGUUAACACCCAUGAGAAAUUUUUGCAGAAUUUCCAUCAUGCAGACAAAUUUUGAAUGGAGCCUUAAAGACUGUCUUCCUCCUGCAAAGGAGACACAUGCAAUGCAGCUCCCUUAGUGAUGCGAGGAAUUGAGAUUUAUUUUCAGGGCUGUCGAGUAAAUGUUUCUUACAUAAUGCAUUUCAUCAGCUACUCCGAUUCACCCACUGCUUCACCACUUCAGAGAGACAGAAUGUCCCAGGAGCUUCUUAUUUCAGUAGAAGCUGCAGUGAGACACAUGAGAUUGACUCCUGAUAGUUCUGAUGUCAAUGGCAUAAACCCAGACCUCCUGAUUACAUACGGUCUUAUUACAACUCAGGCUACGUCUACACUGCAGAGUUUUUGCACAAAAAUGGUUGUUUUUUGUGCAAAAACUUGCAGAGAGUCCACACCUCAAGCGCGUUUUUGCACA